CUCGAAUAAUGUGGUCAUCGAUUCCAAUGCGCCACACGGAUUGGUUCACCAGCACUUUAAAGUAUUUGCGUGGGAGCUCGUGACCUGCACAUUCCCCAGUAACUUGGAAUUUCUUUCUGGACAUGGCUUUACUCUCCUUUCCAAAUCAACCUUCCAUAUCGACGUGGAAAGAAGAAAACAACGACCGUGAUGCUUCGCUGCUACCGCUUAACGCACGCUUUUAGAGAUGCCCUGAAGCAACAAGUCCGAAAUCUGACCCUGCUCGAGCACCAUUCCCACAAGAUUCUCCAUCAGUAUGGCAUUCCAGUACCUGAUGGACGGGUAAUCGACAGCCCGCUGGAUGCCAAAGCUGUGGUAUCAGCUAUAGCUACAGGCGCGCCAUCCAUGAUGAAGGCCCAGAUUCUCGCCGGAGGCCGGGGGAAAGGAACGUUCAACACGGAUGGAAAGGGUGGUGUGCGAUUUGUAUCGACGCCAAACGAAGCCCUCGAAAACGCUGCCAAUAUGCUCGGUCAUUAUCUAAAAACAACACAAACACCACCUAGUGGGCUCCUUGUGAAGAACCUCUAUAUAUACAAAGCAGUCAACGUCGCACACGAGUACUACUUUUCCAUCACCUUCGACCGCAAGCGAUACAGUCCCGUCAUCCUUAUAUCCGACGAAGGCGGCGUCAACAUCGAAGCCAACGCGGAUAGCCUUCAUAAAUUCCCGUUUUCCCUCGAUACAGGCAUCACGCCCGAUAUCAUAUCGCGAAUUCAUGGCGCGAUGCUCUUUUCCACCACCGAAAUGCGAGUCAUAGAGCAUGUCAUCCGGCGGAUGGCAGAUCUGUUUCGCGAACGAGACGCCAUUCUCCUCGAGCUGAACCCGCUCGCACUGACGACGGAAGAACAAUUCAUCUGUCUUGAUGCAAAGUUUGAGUUUGAUAAUUGUGCUGCGUUUCGCCAGGAAGAUAUUUUCAACCUUGAAGAACGCGAACACAUGCCGGACUCGCGGGUCGAGUACGAAGCUGCUCAGCUUGGUCUUUCCUACGUUCGUCUAGAUGGGAAUAUCGGGAAUAUCGUCAACGGCGCGGGCCUGGCGAUGGCGACGAACGAUUUGAUCACCAUCCAUGGAGGAAAAAGUGCUAACUUUCUUGACAUUGGGGGCAAAGCGAGCACUGCGACAUUGCUCAAGUCGUUUGAGAUUUUGAAUCGGGAUCCCCGCGUCAAGGGUAUCCUGAUUAAUAUUUUUGGUGGUAUUGUCCGCUGUGAUAUGAUCGCCCAAUGUAUCCUUCAAGCAGCAUCCAUCCUAGGAGGCUUCCGAGUUCCCGUUGUAGUGCGGUUGCAGGGAACGAACAGCGAUGAAGCGCUGAAACUACUCGAGGAUUCGGGGUUGGAUCUGUGCACGGAGACGGAUUUCGACUCGGCAGCUGCAAAAAUAGUUGAACUGACAUCUGGCCAUAACUAG